ACCAUCAAUCUGUUUUUUUUUUUUGCCUAGUUCUUGACAAAUUAGUGUGCUGUUGCCCGUUGGUUUUGCAUUGCUGAAGUGAAGAUCAACAAAGAACCAAGAAGAAGACAUGGCUAGAACGGUUGGAAGAAGCUUGGCUGCUCCAUUACUGUUUCUGAACCUGAUUAUGUAUUUCGUCGUUUUAGGCUUUGCGAGUUGGGGCCUCAAUCAUUACAUCAAUGGGCAGACUAACCAUCCCAGCUUUGGGGGAAACGGAGCAACCCCGUUCUUCCUGACAUUCGCUAUACUAGCUUCUGUUCUGGGGAUUGCUUCGAAGUUAGCAGGUGGAAACCAUUUAAGGGCUUGGAGAAGCGACAGUCUAGCGGCUGCUGGAGCAUCUUCCUUAGUCGCAUGGGCCGUAACUAUUCUAGCUUUCGGAUUGGCAUGCAAGGAGAUAAAUGUUGGAGGCUGGAGGGGAUGGAGGUUAAAGGUUCUUGAGGGGUUUAUAAUAGCGCUAGGAGUGACUCAAUUGCUCUAUGUGCUGCUGAUCCAUGCUGGGAUGUUCAGCAGCAGAUAUGGUCCAGGGUACAGGGACCCUGACUAUGGUCUUGGUGCACCUGGAACUGAGCCCAAAGGUACCGCAGGUGUUACAGGGUCUAGGGUCUAAUGCAGUUGUCUCGAAAAUAGACAGUUGUACUUUGAAUAUUUGGCAGUUGUUAUUUGGGCUCUGCUGGACGUAAUGUUUAUUGUCUAGCGUCUAAUCUUUGGUUUAAUAUGCUUUUUUUUUUUUUUUUGGCAUGGAACUAGUUGUAGCUUUUUAAUUGAAGUUUAGAUCUUAUAUUAAGUUUGCUAAGCAUGUUUGAUGAGGUUUUGUGAUUGAAGCUAUAUUGAUAAGGGGCUUGGAGUC